GGCUUCACGGAGUCCUGUGCGCAUGCCUCGGUGCCGAACUUGAGGAGCCAGUCUGGGGCCUAGGCGCAGACGCACUGAGCCCCAGCGGCCGGUGAUGGCGGCAGCGGCGGCAGUGGCUGCGGCGGGUCCGGGCCCAUGAGGCGACGACGGAGGCGGGACGGUUUCUACCCAGCGCCGGACUUCCGAGACAGGGAAGCUGAGGACAUGGCAGGGGUGUUUGACAUAGAUCUGGACCAGCCGGAGGACGCGGGCUCUGAGGAUGAGCUGGAGGAGGGGGAAGCGCUCAGCUGUUAGAAGUGACAGCUGAAAACUUCUGUCGGGAGUAGCGCUGCCGCUGCAGUUACAGCCACCAGGAGUUUUAUUUCGGGAGCAAGGGGGCUCUGCUGCAUCUUCCAGGGGUCAGUUAAAUGAAAGCAUGGACCACGGGGGAGUUGGACCGUAUGAACUUGGCAUGGAGCAUUGUGAGAAAUUUGAAAUCUCAGAAACUAGUGUGAACAGAGGGCCAGAAAAAAUCAGACCAGAAUGUUUUGAGCUACUUCGAGUACUUGGUAAAGGGGGAUAUGGAAAGGUUUUUCAAGUACGAAAAGUAACAGGAGCAAAUACUGGGAAAAUAUUUGCCAUGAAGGUGCUUAAAAAGGCAAUGAUAGUAAGAAAUGCUAAAGAUACAGCUCAUACAAAAGCAGAACGGAAUAUUCUGGAGGAAGUAAAGCAUCCUUUCAUUGUGGAUUUAAUUUAUGCCUUUCAGACCGGUGGAAAACUCUACCUCAUCCUUGAGUAUCUCAGCGGAGGAGAAUUAUUUAUGCAGUUAGAAAGAGAAGGAAUAUUUAUGGAAGACACAGCCUGCUUUUACUUGGCAGAAAUCUCCAUGGCUUUGGGGCAUUUACAUCAAAAGGGGAUCAUCUACAGAGACCUGAAGCCGGAGAAUAUCAUGCUUAAUCACCAAGGUCACGUCAAACUAACAGAUUUUGGACUAUGCAAAGAAUCUAUUCAUGACGGAACAGUCACACACACAUUUUGUGGAACAAUAGAAUACAUGGCCCCUGAGAUCUUGAUGAGAAGCGGCCACAACCGUGCUGUGGACUGGUGGAGUUUGGGAGCAUUAAUGUAUGACAUGCUGACUGGAGCACCCCCGUUCACUGGGGAGAAUAGAAAGAAAACAAUUGACAAAAUCCUCAAAUGUAAACUCAAUUUGCCUCCCUACCUCACGCAAGAAGCCAGAGAUCUGCUUAAAAAGCUGCUGAAAAGAAAUGCUGCUUCUCGUCUUGGAGCUGGUCCUGGGGAUGCUGGAGAAGUUCAGGCUCAUCCAUUCUUCAGACAUAUUAACUGGGAAGAACUGCUGGCUCGGAAGGUGGAGCCCCCCUUCAAGCCUCUUUUGCAAUCGGAAGAGGAUGUGAGUCAGUUUGAUUCCAAGUUUACACGUCAGACACCUGUUGACAGCCCAGAUGACUCAGCUCUCAGUGAAAGUGCCAACCAGGUCUUCCUGGGUUUUACAUAUGUGGCUCCAUCUGUACUUGAAAGCGUGAAAGAAAAGUUUUCCUUUGAACCAAAAAUCCGAUCCCCUCGAAGAUUUAUUGGCAGCCCACGAACACCUGUCAGCCCAGUCAAAUUUUCUCCUGGGGAUUUCUGGGGAAGAGGUGCUUCAGCCAGCACGGCAAAUCCGCAGACGCCUGUGGAAUACCCGAUGGAGACAAGUGGGAUAGAGCAGAUGGACGUGACGAUGAGCGGGGAGGCUUCAGCACCGCUUCCAAUACGACAGCCGAACUCCGGACCGUACAAAAAGCAAGCUUUUCCCAUGAUCUCCAAACGACCAGAGCACCUGCGUAUGAAUCUAUGACAAAACAAUGCUUUUAAUGAAUUGAAGGCAAAAAGGUGGGGAGGGGAUGUGUGAGCAUCCUGCAGGGUGAAACAGGAAGACUCAAAAUGACAGUCUCGAAGAGUCAGUGUCAUGACAUAGAACACUUUGGACAGAGGAAAAUUAAACAUGGAUUUUAAAAAAUCAAUCAUGGUGCAAAAAAACUUAAGUGAAAAUAGUAUUGCGGAAUUCUUAGGCACAUCAAUUAUUGAUUCCUAGCGACGUCGUCUCAACCUAUCAAGGAUUUUCAUGUUGAUGGCUUGAAACUGACAGUAUUAAGGGUAGGAUGUUGCUUCUGAAUCACUGUUGAGUUCUGAUUGUGUCGAAGAAGGGUUCUCCUUCCAUUAGGCAAAGUAUGAAUUUGCCUAUAAUACUUGCAACUAAGGACAAAUUAGCAUGCAAGCUUGGUUAAACUUUCCAGCAACAUGGAAUCAAAGACGAAAAAAACUUAUCAAUUGAUGUUUUACGUGCAACAACCUGAAUCUUUUUUUUAUAUAAAUAUAUAUUUUUCAAAUAGAUUUUUGAUUCAGCUCAUUAUGGAAAACAUCCCAAACUUUAAAAAUGCGAAAUUAUUGGUUGGUGUGAAGAAAGCCAGACAACUUCUGUUUCUUCUCUUGGUGAAAUAAAAAUGCAAAUGAACCAUUGUUAACCACAGCUGUGGCUCGUUUGAGGGAUUGGGGUGGACUUGGGGUUUAUUUUCAGUAACCCAGCUGCAAUACCUGUCUGUAAUACUAGGAGAAAAAAAAAAGAAGAAUCUACUUAAUCAUUUCUAUUUGCAGUACUGUUAUGUGCUAAGCUUAACUGGAAGCCUUGGAAUGGGCAUAAGUUGUAUGUCCUUCAUUUCAUCCUUAUCCUGGGCCUGCAUUGCACUGGAAAAAUACCGCCACCUUAUACCAGUAUUUAGUUCAAGAUGUCAAACGUGUUCAGCCGGUGGCUGAAGGACAGAAGCGAGUCAGGAUAAAAUGCAUAUCGUGGGGCGGCAGAGUGAGAGGAGGGGAUCCAGGGGAAGAGGGUGUUGCCGUGGUCCACUCUCUUGUGUCUCAUGUCUUUACAGCAAUUUGGUAAGGUUUUAAGUUUUACUUCUUUUUACUGUUUUGGCUGUCUACCUUCCUUAUAUUUCUUCCUCGACGGUUUUAAAAGGAAAAAAGAUAUUUUUUUUCUCCUAUAUUGGGGCUACAUUUUUUGAUUAUAAAAAUAUUUGAUGGCCUUUUGAUGAAUGUCUUCCACAGUGAAUAAAACUUAGUGGCUUAAUUUAGGAAAUAUGCUAACAAGACACUAUGUUUUUGCAGUUGUAACAAAGUACAUAAGUGAUUCACAGGUACAAAGAAUAAAAAUAAAGGUAACUCUACCUUUCUUAAAUACUUCCUGCCUUAAAGAGAGCAUUUCCAUGACUGUAGAUGGUGAAAGGGUUUAAUAUCUGCAGAGCUUUAUAAAAAUAUAUUUCAGUGCAUACUGGUAUAAUAGAUGAUCAUGCAGUUGCAGUUGAGUCUUAUCACCUCCUUUUGUUUGUCUUUUAUAAUGUCUUCAGUCUGAGUGCGCAAAGUCAAUUUGUAAUAUUUUGCAACCCUACAGUUUUUUUAAAUAGAUGCUGCUUGCUAUGUUCUCCAGACCUUUUUGAGCCAUAGGAUCCAAGCCAUAAAAUUAUUUAUGCAUGUUGAAUUCAGCCAGAAAAGAGACAAGCUUUGCUUAAAUGACAAUUCAAGUGAGAUAAGAUGAAAUCCUAUGACAUUAAACAAAUGAAAAACCAUGAAAAAUGAUUGGAAAUACACUUUUUCAAUUGUGGCAAUAAACAAUUGGUAACAGCUCAUCUUUGGACAGAAAGUUUUUUUUUUUUUAAAUCCCUCCCUCUAGACCCCCUCUUCCCUAUUGCAGCAGUGUACUGAAUUUAUAACUGUAGCUAGUAAUGAGAAGCUACAGUAAUGAGGGCAGAAAUUGUACUUAAAGUGCAGGUCUUUACGAUGUCUAAAAAAGACAGAACCCAAAAAGCUAUGGUGAUAGAUACAGGCUUCAUUUCAGACUGUAAAUGACUUGUCCUACUCUGACACUUGUUUCAAAUAUGUUUACUGUUAAUAUUGUGUUGACUGCCUGACCAAAUUCCAGUUAAAGUUUUACACCACAAUAUUCCUCCUCAGUCCUAUUUGCUAGUAACAUUUGCAUUGUGAUUGCCUGGCUGUAACCACCCCACAGUUAAACCAUUUUCAUAAUUAGUACUGCCAGCAGUAGUGGCAAGCACUGUAACUUCCUGCAUAAAAAGCAUUAAUUUCAUACCUACCAUCCAUACAGAUAACAGCUUUUCAAACUUUAAAUUAAUUUUCUAUACUGUGGCAGGUUUAUUGAGAAAUUUCAUAAAUGGAUAUCCCUACUAUGACUGUGAAAACUUGUCAAGUGCCACUUUAGUGUCACAGACAGAAAGCACACACCUAUGCAAUAUGGCUUACCUUAUAUUUAUUUGUAAAAAACCCAAGCAUAGUUUAAAAUAUAUGUCAAUAAUACUAGUCUUUUGAGUUUCUGAAAGGGUUCUUUAUUAUUCCAGGUAAGUGUAUAAAGAGAUUUAAGUGUUUUUCUUUCAUCACUUAUUUUCUUUAAAAUCAGCUAUUUACAGGAUAUUUUUUUAUUUUAUACAUGCUGUUUUUUAAUUAAAAUAUAAUCACUGAGAACUGAAGUUUACUAAUUUUGAUUUUAUAAGGUUUGUAGCAUUAUAGAAUAAACUGGGAUUUAUAAACCAGCUGUGAUUAACAAUGUAAAGUAUUAAUUAUUGAACCAGAUUUUUAGGAAAAUUGUUAUUUCUUUUUCUCCUUUAUGGUCUUAACUAAUUUGAAUCCUUCAAGAAUUUUUCCAUACUAUUUUUUGAGAUAGAAGGUAAUGGGGGGGGGGGGAAGAAUGCAUGUAUGGUACUCCAUAAAUUCAACAUUCUUUAAGAAAUACACGAUUAUAAAUAAACUGCAUCCAAGCCUUGGAUUUUAUAUUUAAAAUAGGACCUAACUAUUUUGGUUAUUCAGUCAUGUGGUUCCUAGCUUAUAAGGGCUAGAUCUAAGAUUAUUCUCAUGAGAAAUGUUGAAUUUAUGAAGAAUGGAUUUUGAGGCUCUGAAAAUGGUUAGUUUCUGAAAUAUAAACAUCAAUGUCCAAACAUCUACCUUCUUUCCAUAGGAGUAGACGCUAGCGAGCUGGACAGAAUAAUCAUAGCGUAUCUGUCCCACCAUGACCUGUGGUCUGUGGCUGACUGACACACAGUUCUUCGCGUGUGAUUCUUAGUUUACACUACAGCACAAGCAUUCUCUCAGUGGGUUCUCUGAAGUGACAUUUGAAAGAGGGGCUCAUCUGUGCUGCUCUUUUAAAACUUUUUUUUUCCCUACCCCAAGUUGGCUUUGCAUCUACCAGAGUAAAUAAAUUCUUCAGCUGCCUUAUUAGGAGUGCUUUGAGGGUAACACCUUUUCUGCUUUUCAUCUUGUGUUUACUGUAUUAAAGUAUUUGAUUUCAGAUUGAAUGAAUGUAAAUAGAAAUUAAAUGAAAAUUUGAAUGAACAUAAAAUAGAAGUGAUUUUUUUAUUAUUAUUACCCUAAGAUAGGAAGAAAUAACUAUCAGAUAUACAAGUGGUUUCAAUAAUUCUUCCCAUUCAUAUGCUAGAUGUGUUCAGGUUCUCAUAUUUAAUAAACUAUAUAUAUGUAAAGAAUAACAGUUGUAAAAAUUGCUUUUGUGGAGAAACUGAAGGAACAAAUUUGUAACAAGUUUUAGUACUGAUUUUAUUAGGUGUUAAACAUCUAUGAUUUCCAAGUUCUGUCAAAAUAGUAGAAUGUGAUUGGUUGCUUAAAAAAAAGUUCAUGUGAAAAAUUAUGUGAAAGCCAGAUUCACAUAAAAACACUGAAAGACUU